UACACCACGUCCAUCGAGGAGGAGGAGGAGGAGGAGGAGGAAGGAGUGAAGCCCCACCUCCCGCCGCGCCGCCGCCGCCAUGGCGCUCCGGCUGAUCAACCCGAGCAGGAAGCCCCUCCUCCACGUGCCCCGCCCCUCCUCCUCCUUCUCCUCCUCGUCCUCCAACAACAACAACCCUCCCUUCCCUCCCCCACCGCCGCCGCCCUCCGACGACCCCGCCGCCUCCGCGCGCCACCAGCCCCCGAACCACGGCGAGGGACCCCAGAAGCCGGCCGCGUCUUCGCUCUUCCUCGACAUCCGCGACCGCCUGAAGUCGUCCCCGGCGUCGCCCCCACCGCGCCGGAUCCCGGCCAACCCGCUCCGCCCCGGCGCGCCGCCCGCGGCCCCUCCCCUCGGCCUCGACGACAUCAAGCGCACCCUCGAGUCCUAUCGCGCCGUCUCCCCCCGCUUAUCCGGCCCCGGCGUGGGCGGCAGAGGCGCCAACCCGUCGUUCCAGGAUUUGCUCAAGAGCAGCGGCGCCAACCAGGCGGGUCGCCCCCAGGGAGGAGCCCCCAACGCCGGCGACGGCAAACCGUUCAGCCUCAGCUUCGCCAACAUCCGCGAGAGCAUCCGCAAGCUCGACCCGCAGCAUGACAGGCAGCGCCAGCCGCCUUUGCGGUUCCUCAACAACACGCCGGAGAACAUCUUCGGGAAGGAGUUGCGCCAGAGGGCCGGGAAGCCGCAUCCCGGGGAGGCGAAGGAUGACGAGGACGACGGCGUUUUGCUCACCAAUCAAUACACCCCCGAAGAUCUUGGCAAGAUGCUCAGGGACCUCCGGCCGGCUGACGCAGGGAAGGACGGGAAGGAGUGGUUCUCUCUCGAGGAGCUGCAGGGUCGGAUCGCCAAGAUCGUGGAGCAGGAGAAGAGCAACCCGGACUCGCGGUUGGGCGGCACCUUUGGUGUUGUCGUGCAGAGCUUAGGGACCCUCGAUAGAGAUCAGAAAGAGCACAAGAAGCAUGUCAGAAGUGUCCAGCAUUGGGCCCUAUUUGCAAAUAUCGGUGGAAAGCCGCUGCCGGAGUACAUGCUGAGCAAUCUUCCGCCGCAGGAAGAGUUGCUAGAGAGGUAUUUCCAUCCUGACCACAUGUCGGGCGAAGAGAAGAUGAAAUUGGAGCUUCAGAAGGUCAGGGAUGAGUUCAAGAUGUCCGAGAAUGACUGUGGUUCCGCACGAGUUCAAAUAGCCCAACUGACACUAAAAAUCAAGCACUUGUCAACUGUUCUACACAAAAAGGACAAGCACUCUCGAAAGGGGCUCCAGGACAUGGUCCAGAGAAGGAAGAAGUACCUCAAGUACCUGCGUAGGACCGACUGGGACUCGUACUGCCUCGUCCUGUCGAAGCUGGGGCUCCGCGACACGCCCGAGUACAAGGCGCCCGACUACAAGAAGACCCAGCCGAGCAAGGCGCAGUCGAAGAAGAGCAAGAGCAAGAGGAAGAGAAAGAUGAAGGCGUAGAGCUCCGCUGCGCGGGGCAGAUGAUGACUCUCCACACUCUUCUCCUUCCCUUUGGCCUUGAGAACUCCGUUGGCGGUAGAAUCCAUCGGGUCGACAGGCACAGAGGCUCCACAUGUCUCGGCCCAGCCCGGUCUUUGCAGUGUUGUAAUUUUUUGAUCCACUUCUUAUGUAAUAACCAGUCGCUUGACAUAGCUGCAUGUUUUCCUUAUUCUGUAGCAACAGAAUGUUUGUUGAUCCGAGGUCUCAGCUCUCCCCCGUCCUGUUAUCAUCAGGCGAAUGGAUUGAGGAACAAACGGGAUAAGUACAAGUUACUUCAUUUUAUCAUAUAUAGGGUGAUUGUGAUGCCUUUU